AUGUCGACAGCAUCUAGCCAGUCCCGAGGAGUCAACCGACGGAUCAACAGCCUCCAGAAUGAAGGUCGCCAUUCGCACAACUCCUCUGCCUCGAGGCGACGCCCGCUCAACGCCAACAUGGCCUAUAGCCAUGCGCUCCGGGUAGCCUAUCUCGCUUAUCUCCUCCACCCUCGAUCCCGUCGCAUCCAGAAUGCACCGGCCGCGCCGGCGCGGCAGAAGCGGGCAUCGACUUCGAUCCAUGAUCUCAUGAGCGACUUCUCGCUCGUCAGGGAUUCCAAGAGCACGAGGAUCCCCCAUGGGUUUGUAGCCGAGCUGGAGAAGCGGUUGACAGGUGUGUUAAUUGGGAAGGAGAAGAGAAAAGAAUACCAGGACCAUCUGGUGGUACGCACAUUUGCCGUCUUCCUCAAUGUGCUGAAGGAGGACUCGUUUCGCAAACGCAUGGAGAAAGAUCGGCGAGCCGAAGAUCUGGUCCUCAUCUUCUAUUCCAAUGCCAUCAAAGAACUGAGCAAGGGCAAGGAACAAGACGAUGACAGUUGGAAACUCAUGGUUGACCGGCAUGUCGCGCUUUUCGUCCGCCUUCUUGCUCUCAUAUUGAAGGGAAAUGACUGGGCAAAGGACCGUCCAGAGCUGGCCAAUCGUUUAUCGGUGUUGGAGAAUAAACUGCUUCUGCAAGAUCAAGAUCUCAUGGAAGUGAAUGGGACGGCGAAAACAACAGAAGUCGUCGCUCCCUUGAGUUACGACGUGAAGGACAUGCCCCUGGUCCAGCAUGUGGCCAGGAUUUUUGGUGUGGCGCCGACCCAAGCGCAGUCCGACAUUGACAAACACCGAUUGACCUGGACCGAGAAGGCGGCUCUGCAGGAUCUCAAAACCUAUCAAGCCCAUCUGAAUCUCCAAACUCGGAAGACGUUAUCGCGAGAAGACUUUGAGACCGACGAUGCGUAUGACAGUUGGAAGAAGAGUGAAGGACCCGAUCUCUCGCAAAUGAUGCUUGCAAUCGUUCAGUCGAAUCCAGAACUGGCCAAGAGCACCCCGGGAGCUCUUCCGCAGUUCAACCCGUCUCCUAACGACGAUCCCGACUUGUCGCGCACAUCCUCUGGUCGAACCAACAGAACAUCCUAUGCUAUUGACCAGCCCCUUGACCUGAGCUCUCUGUCUGUGAGCGGAGCAGGCGACGACUCGGAAGAAUCAGAUACUUACACAUUCAUUCCCUCGGACCCCAGGGCUUUAUACCGGUUCAUUCUCUCCCAAACCUUGGGUCACGACCUGCGGGACCGGGAAAUUGAAGCCACUCAAGCCACCCCCGAUGUGCCAUCUAUGAAGUUGCUCUCGAAACAAUCUACGGAAAUGCUCAAUGAGAUAUGUCUCCGCUGGCGGAUUCCCAACUUCUCCCGGAUUGUGUUGUUUCUUGAUGUGGCUCAGGCUAAAUUCGUGGACAAUGAAAUUGACCUCAAUACCCUGGACUCGGCAUUCACCUUUGUGAAAGAAUCACCUUCGAGCGAGAGCCGAAAGCGCAGUAGCUUCGUGGCUUCGGCGGUUUUCGACCGGCGACGAUGGACCGUACACGAUCUUUUCUUAAUGCAGCAGUUACUGUCUAAGCUUCACGAGGCUUUGCUGCGGGAGCUCUACGAUGUCAUGAUGGACUGCUUCGAGACAAAGCCACGCCCCAUCGGACCGGUGAUGUACAUUCUCGAAAGCCACAUUCAGAUGGAUCCAAACUAUACCGAAGACCCAGAAGACAUUGAUCGGUUUUGCUCUUAUGUACAAGACGGGCUGGCCCAGAAAGCGACGGCGAGAUACCAAAACCUGCUGGGUCAAUUGGUGCCGGUCGACCAGGAAGCUUGGCAGAUCGACCAUGUCAUCCAGCUUGGCGACGCAAUCUCGAAACUGGCACAAAAGAUUCAGAAGCGGUAUAGGAACAACCCAGAAAUCAUGGGAGUGAACCCUUACACUACCCUAUGCUCGAAUGUACUUCCCAUGUUUGCUGAAGACGCUCAUGAAAUGGUCAUCAGAAUCAUCGAACAGGCUAAGGCAAGGGGUGAAGAGAUCGAUAUCCAAGACGGAUUCGAUCUUUACAAGCAACUGGCUACGGUUAGAAGCCUUUUCACCAACACACUUCAGGGUGUGCCCUUCCCGUUCCACGUGGAGAGCCUGGUGGAGGAAUUUGUCUGGAGGUGGCUUCGUCUAACCGACCAGACGGUUAUGGACUGGGUCAACCAGGCCACUCGACAGGACGCCUUUACAGUCCGUGCCGACCAAACGAUGGAUAUCGUUCCCGAAGAGUAUCGGCACAGUGUUUCGGUCAUUGACAUAUUCCGCUCGUUCAACCAAGUGGUGGAGAACCUGGUGCAGCUGGAGUGGGAUGAUGACCUUCAGUAUGCCAAGUUCAUGACCGCUCUCUCGAAUUCUAUUAGCAAGGGUGUGGCCAAGUACUGCGAAUCUUUGGAGCAGAUGUUUGCCCGAGAGAUGGAUCGCCUCACGCCCGAACAAGAAGCGGCGAUGAAUCAAACCGCACAGGAGAAAUUAAUGCAGUUUGCCAAAGACACAUGGACGAACAAGGACAAAAUCGAACCCUUCCAGUUCUCCUCAGAGUCUCUGGUAAAAUUGAACAACAUCGAAUAUGCUCUCUCUCAAUUAGAUCAGCUCGAACGUGAAAUCAAUGUGGAUGGAUGCGCCGAUGUCAUUGCGAAGAACACGCCGCCACAGUUGAAGAAGAUCCGAAAGUCCACUACUUAUGUCUUCACCAUCAAGGUGGUGGAGGCGGAAGAUCUGAAGGCAUGCGACAUGAACGGUGGCAGUGAUCCGUACGUGGUCUUGACAGACGAAUACCAGAAGCGGAUUGCGAAAACUCGCAUCAUCUACAACAAUCUCAAUCCACGGUGGGAGGACGCGGUGGAUAUCACAACCCAGGGCCCUCUUAAUAUCAUCGCCACGAUUUGGGACUGGGAUGCCGUGGGUGACCAUGACUACGUUGGCCGGACCUCGAUCAAACUGGAUCCCGUUCAUUUCAGCGACUUUUUGCCCAGAGAAUACUGGCUUGAUCUGGACACUCAAGGACGGCUCUUACUCCGGGUCAGCAUGGAAGGAGAGCGGGAUGACAUCCAGUUCUAUUUUGGCAAGGCCUUCCGGAUUCUCAAACGUACCGAGCGAGAUAUGACUCGAAGAAUCACCGAGAAGCUUUCGGCGUACAUUGGCCACUGUCUGUCGCGUCGGACUCUGAAAUCGCUACUCUCCCGCGGUCUCAGCAUCUCUAGCGUCUCAAGUUUUCUGAACCGCAACCGAGCACAACCGACUUCUACGGGGCCCACGCCGGUGGACGUCGAAAAUGCGCUGACUCCGCUGUUUAAUUACUUUAACGACAACUUCGCCAUUAUGAAGAUGACCCUCACCGAAGAAGCCAUGAGGAUGGUGAUGGCCCGCCUGUGGAAAGAGGUGUUAGCCACUAUUGAGGGUCUGCUGGUGCCACCUUUGUCGGAUAAACCGUCCCACCAAAAACCCUUGACGAUACAAGAAGUGGACAUCGUAUCACGCUGGCUAGUGCUGCUCCUCAACUUCUUCCAUGCGAUUGACGAUGAAACCGGUGAAGCCAAUGGGGUCCCGAUUGAUAUUCUGAAAUCACCCAAGUAUCACGAGAUCCAGUCCCUGAACUUCUUCUACUUUGAGCCGACAGAAAACCUCAUUCGCACUUCCGAGCGCAUGGCCUCGGCCAACGUCAACCGCCAACAGGCAAACCGCAAUCGUGUGUCUGCACCCGCCCACCUGGGCGCCACAGGCCCCGGUCAUGGCGGUCUUGGGAUUCCGGCUGCGCGCCGUGCCAAGAGCAUCAUGCUCUCGCGUAACCUGGGGACCAUGAAGAAGGUUAAAGAAGAGAAGCGACGGGACGCGCAGGCUGACCCCAACGAUGACAUGAUUCUGCGAAUUCUCCGAAUGCGGCCCGAAGCCACUGGCUACCUGCGCGAUCGCAGUCGCCAGAAGGAAAGACUUGCCGCCGCCGCGGCAGCUGAUGCCAUUGUGAAACAAAGUCUGAUGGCAGGUGCUGGAGGCCGAAUGGGCGGGAUCAUCCCGCGGCGCUGA